AUGAAAUUUAACAUCGAGAUUAUUCUUAUUUAUAAUAUACUCAGAGUGAUUGGCUGGAUUCAAGUGAUUAUCUUUUUAGUAUACCAAACGAGUUUAGAACUUGAAGACAUUUCAACCAUUGCAAAUUUAGUAAGAUGGUUAAUAGGAGCAAAAAUGCUUGAAAUUAUAUUUAUCAAGCCUAAUGAUAUUUUAAAUCAACGAAACAUUGUUAAAUAUUACUCCUAUCUAACUAGGAUAUUAUGUUUAUACUAUUUAAUGACUCCUGGUCUAUGUUUUUGUUCUUUUAGAAAUACUAUAAGCGGAUGGGCAUUCUAAGAACUUUUUGACUCAAUUUAUUAUGUAGGAAAAUCUGAUUUAACAGCAUAAAUCAAAAGAAUACUAACAUAUAUAUUAAUUCCUUAUACUGCACUAGGAAUGUUUAGAAUUUUGAAUAGAGUUAUAGAAAAAAAUAUGGAUAAUCUUAUAUUUUAUAGGAUUAUUUAAAUAGUGCUCAUUCUUUAGUGCAAUACAUCACAUGUACAUCAUUGGUUAGAACAACAACAAAAAGAAAUCAUACAAACUUAAUUUUUAGAAAAAUAUAUGAUUAUGCAUACUAUCUUGAAAUUCUUCUUAAAUGGAGAAUUAGAAUAUUAUCUAUCUAUCAAAAUAUUUUUAAAUUAUUUUUCUUAUUUUUUUUGGAAUAAUUUUAUUCGGUUUAUAAUCUAAAUUUUUAAUUUAUAUACGACAUUUGAAGAACAUGAGUUUCUCAGAGAAAAUCAUUCUUCUCAUAUUUUUCUGGUAUUUGUGGACAGGAGACUGAGGGAAUCUAGAAUACAAGAUGAUGUAUCUAUACAUUUUCAAAUCAUUUUUAUUAUGACCUCAAAGUUUGAAACUUUAUUUAUUUUUGUUCUCCUAUUAUUCUACUUAUUUUAUAGGUUUUCAUUAAGUGCUGCUUAGAAGAAUGCAGAAGAUUAAAUUGAACUUUCUAAUUAGCUAAAUGUGAGCAUUUGUAUACGGUCUGGAACAAUGGAUUUUAAUAAAUUCCCUAAUCAAUUGAGUAUGUUGAUAUGA